AUGGAGUUGGAGGAUUAUGAACAGCCCGUGGUUAUGAGAGAGGAAAACAAACGAAGGAGAAGAAGGAUGAAACCUCACUGUACCUCGAGUAAUUUGUCGUCAAUGGAACUGAUAUCCAUUGAGUUCAUUUUGCCUACAAGCAAUAAACAUACUAAAGUACCGGAAAUGAUGUUACUCGAAAUAGCUGCCAACUGUACAGUUGAGCAAAUGAAAGCACAGAUUUGGAUGCAUGCACUAGAGAUGAGUCAAACCACAGACUUCUACCACACAUUCACCCCGGAUCAGUUUAUUCUACAGUAUCAGAAGAAAGGGCAGUGGUAUGAAAUUUAUGAUAAACAUCAAGUAUUACAGACAUUGGACUGCAUACUAUACUGGAAAGUGUUACAGAAAAAGGUAGGCAAGAUCUAUGUUGUCCAGAAACAAAACCCAUCAGAAGAAGUUCAGGAAUUUCAGCGGCAACUUAAUGAUUUAAUUGGUUAUGAUGUCACUGAUGUAAGCAACGUGCAUGAUGAUGAACUAGAAUUUACCCGUCGCAGAUUAGUCACUCCACGAAUGAUAGAGGUAGCCUGUAGAGAUCCUAAGUUGUAUGCAAUGCGCCCAUGGACUACAUCUAAGCCACUCCCAGAGUAUUUAUUAAAAAAGAUCACUAAUAAUAACAUUUUCAUAAUCAUACAUAGAGGCACUACUAGCCAAAAAAUUAAAGUGUCAAUAGAUGACACUCCAGAUAUGAUUCUCCACAGCUUUUUCACAAAAAUGGCGAAGAAAAAGUCUUUGAUGGACAUUCCUGAAGAUCACAGUGAACUGGAUUUUGUUCUCAGGAUUUGUGGCAGAGAUGAGUACAUUACUGGAGAGACGCCAAUCAGAGAUUUUCACUGGAUAAGACAGUGCCUUAAGAAUGGGGAAGAAAUCCACCUUGUCUUAGACAAUCCCCCUGACCCGAGUGAGGAUGAGGUUCAGAAGGAAGAGUGGCCCUUGGUGGAUGACUGUACAGGUGUUACAGGGUAUCAUGAACAACUGACUAUAGAUGGAAAAGAUCAUGAGAGAGUCUUCACUAUCUCUUUGUGGGAUUGUAAUAGGAAAUUUAGGGUGAAAAUAAUUGGCAUUGAUAUCCCAGUUUUACCAAGAAAUACUGAUCUCACUGUGUUUGUGGAGGCUAACAUUCAACAUGGGCAGCAGCUCCUUUCACAGAGGAGGACUUCAUCGAAGCCUUUUACUGAGGAGGUUCUGUGGAAUAUUUGGUUGGAAUUUGAUAUCAAAAUCAAGGAUUUGCCUAAAGGGGCACUCCUGAAUCUUCAGAUAUACUGUGGUAAAGCACAGGGACUGUCUGCAAAGACGAACCUUCAGUCACAUGAAUCCCCCAACUCUGAUCCAAAGUGCAAAACUCAGCUUCUCUAUUAUGUAAAUCUUUUGUUGAUAGAUCACCGUUUCUUGCUACGAAGUGGGGAGUAUGUGCUCCACAUGUGGAAAAUUCCAGGCAAGGGGGAAGAACAAGGAAGUAUCAAUGCAGACAAACUCACAUCAGCAACUAACCCAGAUAAAGAAAACUCAAUGGCUAUCUCUAUUGUGCUGGACAAAUAUUGUCACCCAAUUGCCUUGCCCAAGCACAGGAUAACAUCAGACCCCCAAGGGGAUAGGACACGAGCUGAAAUGCCCAACCAGCUUCGCAAGCAACUUGAAGAGAUCAUAGCAACUGACCCACUUAAUCCACUUUCUCCUGAGGACAAAGAACUGUUGUGGCACUUUAGAUAUGAAAGCAUAAAGCACCCCAAGGCAUAUCCUAAGCUGCUUAGCUCUGUGAAAUGGGGACAACAAGAAAUAGUGGCCAAAACAUACCAGUUGCUAGCUAAAAAGGAGGUUUGGGAUCAAAGCACUUUAGAUGUUGGACUCACAAUGCAACUUCUGGACUGUAACUUUUCAGAUGAAAAUGUCCGAGCAAUGGCAGUUCAAAAACUGGAAAGUUUGGAAGAUGAUGAUGUUCUUCAUUAUCUUCUACAGCUUGUGCAGGCAGUGAAAUUUGAGCCAUAUCAUGACAGCGCAUUAGCCAGAUUUCUGCUAAAACGUGGUUUGAGAAACAAAAGAAUUGGUCACUUCUUGUUUUGGUUCUUAAGAAGUGAGAUUGCCCAGUCCAUGCAUUACCAGCAGAGGUUUGCAGUCAUCCUAGAGGCCUAUCUUAGGGGCUGUGGAAAAGCAAUGCUACACGAUUUCAUGAAGCAGGUUCAAGUAAUUGAAUUGCUCCAUAAAGUCACAAUGGAGAUAAAAUCAGUUUCUGCCGAAAAAUAUGAUGUCACUUCUCAAGGUAUUUGCUAGCAGGCAUUUCAUUGUUUGUAAUAAUACUGUUUUUUCUCUUUGGAUAUGAAA